AUGGAAAGCGACUCAGCAAGAUCAAAAAGAAUGGCAUCUCUAGCGAGAUUGAGAAGCUCGAACGAGGAAUCAUCUCAGGUUGCUAGAAGCGUUGUGAGCUUUGGAUAUUCUGAAGACCAAAACAGAAAUUACAGAGAUUCUAUGGAAGAUCGACAUAAAAUUAUUGAUAAUUUUUUAGAAAAUCCUUAUCAAGGAUAUUUUGCGAUUUUUGACGGCCAUGGAGGUUUUGAAGCUUCAGAAUUUUGCAAAAAUUUUUUUCAUGAUGAAUUCAGGAAAAACUUAUCCUUUUUGAUAGAAAUUGGACAAUAAAUAUAUUCAGCAACUGACGAAUUUUAUAUAAAAAUGAUAUUUUCAGAUAUUUAUCUACAAAUUAAUUAUUCCAGCGACAAUAUCAAUUAAGAACACAAUCCGAGAAGUAUUUCACGACACAUUCAAAAACAUUGACGAAAUAUUUAGAGCCCGAAACUUUUUAGCAUUAGGCACCACCGCUACUAUUUGCUAUAUUCGCAAAGAAGGAGCCGAAAGAGUUUUAUAUACAGCUAACGUAGGAGACUCUCACGCAGUGCUAGUUAAUUCUCGAGGAGUAGAAAGAUUAACGACUGAAGAUCGGCCUAGCAACCCUAGAGAAGUAGAAAGAAUAAAGAAAUCUGGAGGAAUUAUAUCAUCAGGAAGAGUAGGUGGGCAGUUGUCAAUCACCAGAGCACUAGGAGACUUAGCUUAACAGAAAUUAUUAUCGAGUAGCUCCCGAUCAGCCAUAUCGGCUUUUCACUUCCUUGCUUCGCUUCACCUCUUGCUUGCUAAUCCGAUUACACGGUCUAAAGGCAUGUCUUGCUCCCUCUGCAUAAAGGCUUGAACUUGAAGCAGGGGUAAAGACGCUAGGUCUCCAAUGGGCUGCCCCUUUCUGAAAAGUCAAAAAGCGAAUUUUCUGGUUAGACUAUUGUCCAGACUGAAACUUGUAGCCCAGAAUUGACCAAUUGUCCAAGCGAACGUCUCUUACCUUGUUUGGCUAUCCCUUCCAACUUCCGAGAUCCAUAUUCUCUUGAGGCAUAACCUUACUCUUAAUGUGAGCUUGCUGUCAGUCAGCCCGGCAUUGCCGAACACACUCACCGCUGGCUGCUCUCCCUUCCACAAGGCCCCACUCCUAUCUGGCUAUAGGCAUUAAGAGUGCAGAAUGGAUGCCACGUCAUUUUAUAUAUUAAACCUCGGAGACACCAUGCUCAAAACUAGUGGAUUAAUAAGUGAGCCUCAUCUAUCAAGAAGAGUAAUUGUCCCAAAUGAUCUUUAUUUAAUAAUCGCUUCUGAUGGGCUAUGAGACUCAGUAAACGAAUCUGAGCUGAGAAACAUUUCAGGACGGAACUGCUUAGAAAUCGCAAAUGGCCUCGUCCAAAAAGCUCUUCAAGCUGGCUCAGUCGAUAACACCUCUGUUAUAGUUGUAAAACUGAAUUAA